AUGUCGCAGCCCCGAACACGACCAAUUCAGAAGCUCGCCACGGCAGUCGGAAAAUGCACCACCGAGGCGGCGGCGUACGGGAAGUGUGUGAUCGAGGACUAUAAUGAUGUGCAUAGGGAUAAGUGUGCAAAGGCGUUUAUGGCGCUGAAGGAUUGUGUACUUGCGGCUUCGAAGAAGAAGUAG